CAAGAAUCGCGGGUUCGUCAAAGUCUUUGUCACAUAUCUUUCAUAUGGCAUUAUAUUCUUCUUCCUAAUCACAUCGUCGUUAUCAUGGUGUGGUUCGCGGCAUCCAUAAUGUAUUUUGGUCUUGGAGGUUUGUCAUG